UAGUCACGUGGGGCGGCGCUGGUGAGGGGAAGGGAAGAUGGCGGCGCGGGCGGCAGCGGUGUUCGGUUUGCUCGGCGGGCGCCGGGGCCUGGGGCUGGUGGCUACUCGAGCUCCCGGCUCUGCCUUGGGGAUGGGCCGCGCCCCCGGCCGGGGGCUAGCCUCUGGCGGUAUUCCUACUGAUGAAGAACAGGCAACAGGAUUGGAAAAAAUAAUCAUGCAGGCAAUGAAAACUGGGAAGGAUCCAUACAAUGUGCUGAAACCAAAGGAGUAUGCUGGGACGAAGAGUGAUCCUCACAUUGUCCCAUCAAUUACCAACAAGAGGCUCGUGGGCUGUGUGUGUGAGGAGGACAACACUGCAGUCAUCUGGUUCUGGCUUCAUGAGGGCCAGGCCCAGCGCUGUCCAUCCUGUGGGGCUCAUUACAAGCUUGUACCUCACGAACACUGAAUGAAUCUUACUUCAUGGUUUGGGACCCAAUGUUUAUCACUCCUUGGGCAUCUGCCCACUUGGUGUACUGUAUUGUUUACAGAAGUAUAAAAUAUUAAAUGAAUCAUAUAUCCACA